AUGCUCCAAGACUGGGGACAGCAGUGGUCCCGAGAGGAGGCAAAGGAUGAUGCGUGGUACAGCAAGGCGCAGUACAAGGGCGACGAAGCUUCGGAGUCGAAAUGGGGCACCAAAGCUUGGAGCGAGGCCAAGGACUGGUACGAGGCGGAGAGCUGGCAGGGGAAGGACGCCUGGCCCUGGAAGGGGGAUGAUUCCUGGCCUGGCAAGGGCCAUGAGGAUUCCUGGACUGCAAAGGGCCAGGACGAUGCCUGGUCUGUCAAGGGCAAGUGGGGCGAACAGACGCCCGCGGGCAAGAUGUGGGGCGAACAGGCGAGCCACCAGAGCAGCCUCGCCCCGGAGGCCAACGAGUCCGGCGAGGCGAAUCGCGUGCACUGGUCUGGCCUGGAGGAGAGGGAAGCCCAGGCCGCUUCCCAGGCGGCGAAGAUGGCGCUGGCGAGCGAGGGCCAGACGCUGCCUGCCUGGGCCAUGGCGCGAGACGCCGAGCGUGAGCCUGACUUCAAGGUGGCGGUGCCGGCACUGCCAGAUGCCCAGGCUUCGCAGGCGGUUCCGGCACUGGCGCCGUGGCACCAUCCGCCUCAGACUUUCUGGCGGCAGUCGCACCAGCCAUUGCAGCAGCAGCAGUCGCCGUUGCAGUCCGAACAGCCAGAGCGGCUGCAGCAAUUGCAGGAGCCACAGCAGCUGCAGCCAGGGCGGCAGCCACCGCAGCAGGAGCCUCCGCAGCAGCAGCCAGAGCGGCUGUCAUUGCAGGAGCCUGAGCAGCAGCAGCUGCCGCUGCCAGAGCGGCUGCCACAAGCACUGCCGGUGCCAAAGCACGUGCCGGCGCCAGCGCAAGCGCCGCAGCCGCCGUUUCAGGCAGCGCAUCACGUGCCGGCACCGGCGCAAGCGCCCCAGCCGUUCCAGGCAGCACAUCCCGUUCCGCCGCCAGCGCAGCAGGUGCCGUUCCAGGCACUGCAGCAAAUGCCAACGCAGACACUGCCAUUGCAACGGCAGAUGCAACCAUGGCAGCAGCCACAGCAGCCACAGCUGCUCAUGCAGCCGCAGCUGCAUCCGCCGCCGCAGACUCUGCAGCAGUGGCAGUACCAGCAUUGGCAAAUGCACAGCCCGCAGCAGAUGCAGCAGAUGUACCAGAUGCACCAGGCGCAGCAGUUGCAGCAGUUCCAGGCGAGCCAGGCGGAGGCGCGUGAGCGCGAAGCUCGGGAAGUCCGCGAGGCCAGCGAGCGCAAGGCCACCGAGCGCGAGGCAAAGGCGUUGCAGGAGAGGGUAGCCUCUCAGCUUGCAGCCGCGCUGAGGGUGCAGGGGGCUGCGGCGCUUCAAUCAGAGGCGACCAAGGGGGCUGUGGCGCUUCAAUCAGAGGCGACCAAGGUGAGGGCUGAGAUGAGUCGCCAAGCCUCCGAGGAGGCGGAGAGAGCGGCAACGGAGAAGGCCGCGGAGGAGCAGAAGGCUGCAGAGGAGAAGGAGAAGGAGCGCCAGGAUCUUGCGGCUCUGUUGGCGCUGCAGGAGAAGCGGCGCCUGGCCGAAGUGGCUGAGCAGAAGGCGGAAGCGGAGCAGAAGGCGGAGGAGCAGCGAAAGGCCAAGCGAGCCGCGAGGAAGGAGGAGAGGAGGAAGGAGAAGGAGAAGGAGGAGGAGGAGAAGAAGGCCAAAGAAGCUGAGGCGAAGAAGGAGGAGCGCGAGAAGCAGGCAAAGCGAGAGAGGAGGAAGGAGAAGGAGAGGAAGGAAGAAGAGAAGCGGAAGGAGGAAGAGAGGAGGAGAGAGGAGGAAACGAAGCGAGAUGAAGAGAAGAGAGCGGCUGAAAGGGCCGAAAAGGAGCGAGAAGAGGAACUGAAGAAGCAGGAGGAGCUGAAGGAGCGGGAGGCGCUCGCGCUGCUGGAGGAGAAGCAGAAGGCGGCGCAGAGGCAGAAGGAGGCGGAGGCGGCGGAGGCGAAGAAGUUGAGGAUCCGGGAGAGGAAGGAGAAGCGCAAGGCUGAGGAGGAGAGGAAGAAGAAGGAGAAGGAGGAAGAGGAGAAGAAGCAGGCGGCGGAAAGGGAGCGGGCCGCAAAGGAGGCGGCUGCCAAGGAGGCGGCAGAGCGGGCGGAGGCGGAGAAGAAGGCGGCGGCGGAUGCCAAGGCGGCGGCCGCGGCGAAGGAGGCAGCGAACCUGCAGGCCCUGCGCGAGAAGCUCGAGGCGAGAGAGGUGCCGGUGCCGGCCAAGAAGCCCAGGAGCAGCAGCUCAUCGUCGUCCAGCUCAUCGGUCGUGGAGGUUGAGACACAAGUGCCCGAGAAGCGGGGCAGGUCGAGCUCCGCGUCGAGUGGCGCUGUCUCAUCGCCAAAGCCGGGCGAGCGGAAGGCAGGGGCUGCUCAGGAAACCCCAGCGUCCGUGCCCCCUGCGCCGCCGCCGGCGCGGAAGGUUCAGCUGACGCCUGUGCAGGACCCGGAGGAGGAGCGGCGUGAGGCUGCUGCUUUGCGCGCCAAGGCCGUGAUCAAGGAGUCUCAGAUCAAGCGGAGGCGGGUGACGAAGGAACGGUCCAGAUCUGCGAGGUCCGCCUCGUCGCGGGGCCGGAAUCGGUCCAGCCAUCGCCGCGUGCAGAAGGCAUCCAGAUCCAGAUCCAGAUCCAGAUCCCGGACCCGGCGCCCUGCCAGAAGGCGGCGCUCGCGAAGCCACGAUCGGCGAUCCAGAGGUCACGAGCACAGAUCCGUGAAGGAGUCGGCCAGAAACCGCCGGGACAAGCGGCGGUGA